AUUGAGUCAAGAUUCCUCCUUCUGAACAUGGGGCUUUCCGGAAGGACAACAGCUCCUUCUGUGCAUCCGCAUGACCUAGGAUGUUCCGGAUUCGGGUCGACAAGGGAGUGUGUCUGCCUCUCUGGAGAACGAUGACCGUGUGGUCCCUGUGGACUCUGCUUCUCUGGGCAGCACCCCCUCCUGUUGCGGUUACCAGUGACCAAGUUCAGGGCCAGGUGGGGGGCUCGGUGCUGCUGGUGGCAGAGUGCCACCCCGGCUUCCAAGUUCGAGACGCCAUCUGGAGAUCCCUCUGGCCUUCAGAGGAGCUCUUGGCCACAUUUUUCCGGGGCUCCCUGGAGACUCUGUACCACUCCCGCUUCCUGGGCCGAACCCAUCUGCACAGCAACCUAAGCCUGGAGCUCGGGCCACUAGAGUCUGGAGACAGUGGCAACUUCUCUGUGUUGCUAGUGGACACCGAAGGUCGGGCCUGGACCCAGAUCCUGCAGCUCAAGGUCUACGAUGCAGUACCCAGGCCCACGGUACAAGUAUUCACCUCUGUAUCUGGAGAUGCUAGGCCCCCCAAGACCUGCCAGGCAUUCCUGUCCUGUUGGAUCCCCAACAUCAGUGACAUAACCUAUAGCUGGAGACAGGAAGGGACCAUUGACUUUGGUAUCAAGCCACAUGGCCUCUUCACGGAUGGACAGGUGUUGAGGGUUUCACUGGGACCAGGAGACGAGGGCGUGGCCUAUUCCUGCAUUGUCUCCAACCCUGUCAGCUGGAACUCAACCGUAGUCACCCCCUGGGAGAGCUGCCAUCCUGAAGCUGCACCAGGAAAGGCCUCCUACAAAGAUGUGCUGCUGGUGGUGGUGCCUGUCUCGCUGCUUCUGGUCCUGGCUGGUGUCCUCUCUGCCUGGCACUGGGGCCCCUGCUCAGGUGGGAGGAAAAAGAAGAAUGUCUGUGCUGAUGGAGUCGCUCUAGAGACGGAGAACCCCCUUGUGUAG